AUGAAGGAUGCGGAUAUCGUUGGCCACGCCAUUGCGGACGUGCUACCGCAGACGGACAAGUACUGGUUCCAGAUUCCGCACUUGCGGCGCCUGAAUCUGAUCUUGCUGGUGCCACUGCUGUCGUCGGCGGUUGCAGGAUAUGAUGGCUCGUUGAUGAAUGGCCUUCAGUCUCUUCCGCAGUGGCAGGAAUACUUUGGAAAACCGACCGGCGCCCUUCUUGGACUUGUUAAUGCAGCGCAGUCUGCUGGUUCGGUGGCUGUGUUGCCUUUUGUCGGCAUGCUGUCUGAUCGUUACGGGCGACGUAUUGUCCUGCUUAGCGGUCUUAUUGGCGUCAUCGUCGCAACAAUCAUACAAGCGACCGCGACGACCCUGGCACAAUUCAUCGUCUCCAGGGCUGUCGUUGGUGCGGCGGGUAUGUUCGUUGUUCAGCCGUCGCCAAUGUUGAUUGCGGAGCUGGCAUAUCCCACGCACCGGGGCAAAUACACCAGUGCCUUCUGGACCAUGUAUUAUCUCGGUGCCAUCCUGGCAGCAUGGACAACGUUCGGGACCCAGGUCUACCCUGGUAAUUGGAGCUGGAGAAUACCAACUAUCCUGCAGGCGGGCUAUCCACUGAUCCAGCUCGCCUUCUUCUGGACAUUGCCGGAAUCUCCCAGAUGGCUCGUAGCACAAGAGCGCAACGACCAAGCACGCGAAAUCCUGGCACGGUACCAUGCUGGCGGCGACGAGCACAGCCCUUUGGUUACACGGGAAAUGAGUGAAAUCGUCUCUGCCAUUCGACAGGAAAGUGCAGCAAAGUCGAUACAAUGGUCAGCGCUCAUCGCAACUCCUGGAAACCGGAAGCGACUCUUCCUUGCCGUAUGCGUGGGUGGAUUCGCCCAAUGGAACGGUAUCGGCGUGGUAUCGUACUACUUAACGCUAGUCUUGGACUCGAUCGGUAUAACAGAUGCAUUCAUGCAGACGCUCAUCAAUGGUCUCUUGCAGAUAUUCAACUUUGCUGCAGCUGUGAGCGCAGCACUCCUCGUCGACCGACUGGGGCGACGCACCCUUUUCCUGUGGAGUGGUAUCGGCAUGCUGAUUUCGUACAUUGUCUGGACAGCAUGCUCGGCUGUAAAUAACCAAGAGAACAACAAAGCGGCAGGAUACGUGGUGGUUGUGUGUCUCUUCAUCUUUUAUUUCCACUACGACAUCGCAUACACACCGCUCUUGAUGAGCUACCCGACAGAAAUCUUUACUUAUAGCCUCCGGUCCAAGGGCAUCAGCUGCGAGCUCAUCUCCAUCUACGUCUCCUUGGUCAUCCAGGCAUUCGUCAACCCGAUAGGGAUGGAGAACCUCAGGUGGAGGUACUACAUAGUCUUUUGUUGUCUGCUGCUUGUCUUCUUAGGCGUUACGUAUUUCUUCUUUCCCGAAACAAAAGGUCGCAGUCUUGAGGAAAUUGCCGAGAUUUUUGACGGACCGGGAGCAUCGCCUGACGCCGACCUUGUCAAGAAGGAGGACUUUGGCAAGCAGCAUAUCGAGGUGGUUUAA